AUGGUGGCACUGACUGGAUUACGCGUCGACUACUCAAGGCUUGUGGUUUUGUAUAACGAAAAGUACAAGAGCCUCGUCAACCUAAGACGCAAUGCCUCGAGUCGACUGCAACACCGCUUGCUCAACAUAUCCAUGGUCGACGUAAAGCUUUUCCGCGAGGAGCUGCAAAGUGUACUCCUUCGACCCUCCGAGGACACGGGAAGUGGGAUUGACUGGCCAGCUUUGAUGGGGCAUGUGAUUGCAUCCCACGCCGAUCGGCUGUCCUUCCUUCAGCACAUUCUGCAUGCGCUUGAUCGUCACACAGAUAUGGGUCAGCGGGAGUACCACGAUGUUCCGCGCCUUAUUUCGGAUGUUCGACAACAAAUCAUGACGAUGCUUGCUCCGUGUAUUUCACGAGCAUCCUUCAGUGGGAUGAAUGGAACGAAACUCAAUGACACCUGGUUUGAGGCGACAAUGGAAAGAUGCUCGACACGAUAUACGUCCCAUCUUCCCGUAGAUCGUCUUUCUUCCCAAGAGCUAGUCCUGAAAACGGCGGUGGAGGAAACGAUGCACGAGAUCUGUCGCACGUUGUUAAUCGUCUGGAGAACAGCAUAUUCGGCCGAGGCCAUCAUACCGAGUUAUGAGCAGGUUGCUUUAGUGGAAACGUGGAUGGUAGAGAUAGACCGCCUGAUUAUGCGGCUUGAUUGGGUCGAGUGGCAGAGAUGUGAUCCACCAUGUUCCCCUGAUCAUUAUUGUUCCCUGCCUCAGUGGCCGCUUGAUGGUAUCAACGAUGGAACCGAGGACGUAUUUCCACACUGUAUCUCCAGAAUCCAUUAUCAUCCGCUUACCGAUAUCCGAUCUGUUUUCCCUUCCUCCGCUAUUCACUAA